GCGCCACGAUGGCGGCCUCGGCAGCGCCGCCCAAGAAGAUCGUGGCGCCCACGGUGUCGCAGAUCAACGCGGAGUUCGUGACGCAGUUAGCAAAUAAAUAUUGGGCUCCUCAUGCGAAGAAAAAAUUGUCCUUUGAUUCAAAGGUUAUUGAAGAUGUGUAUGCAAAAGAAAUCGUCAAGUCAAAAUUUGCUAUUAGGAAGAUAAUGCUUCUUGAAUUCAGCCAGUAUCUUGAAAAUUACCUAUGGAUGAAUUAUUCUCCAGAGGUGUCCAGUAAGGCAUAUUUAAUGUCAAUCUGCUGUAUGGUGAAUGAGAAGUUCAGAGAGAAUGUCCCUGCGUGGGAGACAUUCAAGAAAAAGCCAGAACACUUUCCCUUCUUCUUCAAGUGCAUCCUGGAAGAAUCUUUGGUUGAAAAUGACAGUGAAUUCUCUCUACAUGAACAGACAGUCCUCCUACUUUUCCUUGAUCACUGUUUCAAUAGUUUGGAAGUGGACUUGAUCAGAGGCCAGGUGCAGCAGCUCAUUUCCUUACCAAUGUGGAUGGCUCUACAACCUAAACGUCUGGAACAAGAAUUGAAAAAGACACCAAAGCUAAAAAAAUUCUGGAAUCUCAUAAAGAAAAAUGAUGAGAAGAUGGAUGAGAAAGCAAGAAUGCAAGCCUAUCGGGAGAGAAGAUUUCUUUCACAGCUUAUUCAGAAAUUCAUUUCUGUGCUAAAAUCAAUACCUGUGUCAGGUCCUGUAUCUAUGGACAAAGUUCAUUAUUGUGAGAGGUUCAUUGAACUCAUGAUAGAUCUUGAGGCCUUACUUCCCACACGGCGCUGGUUUAAUACCGUGUUGGAUGACUCCCACCUUGUGGUGCAUUGUUACCUGUCAAGUCUUGCCAAGAGAGAGAAGGAGGGUCACCUCUUCUGCCAGCUUUUAGAUAUGUUGAAAUUCUACGCUGGCUUCGAAAUCAAUGAUCAGACUGGAAAUGCUUUGACAGAGAAUGAGAUGACAACAAUUCAUUAUGACAGAAUCACAUCUUUACAGAAAGCAGCGUUUGCACAUUUCCCAGAGCUUUAUGACUUUGCACUCUCAAAUGUAGCUGCAGUAGAUGCUCGYGAGUCACUAGUGAAGUUUUUUGGGCCUCUCAGCCCGGACGUGCUCCACCAGGUGGCCUCACACCUCUGCCUGCUGCCCGCCCUGCCUCCCGGCGCCCACACGGCCCACGAGAAGGAGUUCCUGCUCGAGCUGCUGGUUUCCCGUCAUGAGCGACGAAUAUCUCAAAUUCAGCAGCUCAAUCAAAUGCCCCUUUAUCCCACAGAGAAGAUUAUUUGGGAUGAAAAUAUUGUCCCAACUGAGUAUUAUUCUGGAGAAGGUUGUCUUGCGCUUCCCAAACUGAAUUUACAGUUUCUGACUCUUCAYGACUACCUGCUUAGGAACUUCAACCUCUUCCGGUUAGAAUCAACCUACGAGAUCAGACAGGACAUUGAAGACAGCGUCAGUAGGAUGAAACCAUGGCUAUCAGAGUAUGGAGGCGUGGUCUUCGGUGGAUGGGCUCGAAUGGCCCAGCCCAUUGUCUCCUUCACAGUGGUGGAGGUGGCGAAGCCCAACAUUGGGGAAACGUGGCCCAUGCGGGUGCGAGCGGACGUCACCAUUAACCUGAACGUCCGCGACAGCAUCAAGGAUGAAUGGGAAGGUCUGCGUAAACAUGAUGUCUGUUUUCUGAUUACGGUCCGUCCCACACAACCUUAUGGCACCAAGUUCGACCGACGGCGACCUUUCGUUGAGCAGACUGGCCUCGUGUAUGUGCGGGGCUGUGAAAUCCAGGGCAUGCUGGAUGAGAAAGGGCGUGUUAUUGAGGAAGGACCUGAACCCAAACCAAAACUUAGAGGAGAAUGCAGAACAUACAGAAUAUUUUUGGAUCCAAACCAAUAUCAACAAGAUAUGACCAACACAAUUCAAAAUGGAGCAGAAGAUGUAUAUGAGACAUUUAAUAUAAUAAUGAGAAGAAAACCAAAAGAAAACAAUUUCAAGGCUGUUCUGGAAACAAUUAGGAAUUUGAUGAACACGGACUGUGUGGUWCCUGACUGGCUACAUGACAUCAUUCUUGGUUAUGGAGACCCAAGCAGUGCACACUACUCAAAAAUGCCCAAUCAGAUUGCAUCUCUGGAUUUUAACGAUACUUUUCUCUCCAUUGAUCACUUAAAAGCCAGCUUUCCUGGAUAUGAUAUUAAAGUAACCGUUGACAAUCCAGUUCUUCAGAUACCUCCAUUCAGGAUAACUUUCCCAAUAAAGGGAGGUAAAGGAAAGAAAAGAAAGGAAGAGGAUGGAAAUGAAGAUAAACCUGAGGAAACUAAAAGAUUGAUUGUAGAACCUCAUGUCAUUCCAAACAGGGGACCUUAUCCAUAUAAUCAACCCAAACGCAAUACUAUUCAGUUUACCCAUACUCAGAUUGAAGCUAUACGAGCAGGAAUGCAACCUGGGCUAACUAUGGUAGUGGGUCCACCUGGUACAGGAAAAACUGAUGUAGCAGUCCAGAUAAUAUCCAAUCUUUAUCAUAAUUUCCCAGAACAGCGAACGCUUAUAGUUACCCACUCUAAUCAGGCUCUGAACCAGCUGUUUGAGAAGAUCAUGGCUCUSGACAUUGAUGAGCGUCACCUCCUGCGUCUGGGUCACGGAGAAGAGGAAUUGGAGACAGAGAAGGAUUUCAGCAGAUAUGGAAGAGUUAAUUAUGUCCUUGCUCGAAGACUUGAGCUGCUACGAGAAGUUGGGCGAUUACAGGAGAGUCUUGGAGUCCCGGGAGAUGUUUCUUACACUUGUGAAACAGCUGGACACUUUUUCUUAUACCAAGUAAUGUCUCGUUGGGAGGAAUAUAUCAGUAAAGUGAAAGUCAGAGGUGGAAAGCAGCCUGAUGUUGCAGAUGUCUCCAGAUUCUUUCCUUUUCACCAGUAUUUUGCAAAUGCUCCUCAGCCAAUUUUCAAAGGCAAAUCUUAUGAAGAAGAUAUGGAAAUUGCUGAAGGGUGUUUCCGACAUCUUAAGAAAAUAUUUGCUCAGCUAGAGGAAUUCAGAGCUUUUGAACUUCUCCGCAGUGGCCUGGAUAGAUCCAAAUACCUCUUGGUGAAAGAAGCAAAAAUUAUUGCCAUGACUUGUACUCAUGCUGCUCUGAAAAGACAUGACUUGGUUGAACUAGGUUUCAAGUAUGACAACAUCUUAAUGGAAGAGUCUGCUCAGAUUUUGGAGAUAGAAACCUUUAUACCCCUUCUGCUGCAGAACCCACAGGAUGGAUUUAGCCGCCUGAAGCGAUGGAUUAUGAUUGGUGACCAUCACCAGUUGCCACCAGUCAUAAAGAACAUGGCAUUUCAGAAAUAUUCCAACAUGGAGCAGUCCCUUUUUACACGGUUUGUUCGUGUGGGAGUGCCAACUGUUGAUCUGGAUGCACAAGGAAGAGCAAGAGCAAGUUUGUGUAACCUCUACAAUUGGCGUUACAAGAAUCUGGGCAAUCUGCCUCACGUGCAGCUUCUGCCCGAGUUCAGAACAGCCAACGCCGGCCUCCUCUAUGACUUCCAGCUCGUAAACGUGGAAGACUUCAAUGGCGUGGGAGAGUCCGAACCCAAUCCUUAUUUCUAUCAGAAUCUUGGUGAGGCAGAAUACGUUGUGGCGCUCUUCAUGUAUAUGUGCCUGCUUGGUUAUCCUGCAGACAAGAUAAGUAUUCUGACAACCUACAAUGGACAAAAGCAUCUGAUCCGAGAUGUCAUUAAUCAGCGCUGUGGAAAUAACCCACUGAUUGGAAGGCCAAACAAGGUGACAACUGUAGACAGAUUUCAAGGGCAACAGAAUGACUAUAUCCUCCUUUCGCUGGUGCGCACCAAAGCUGUGGGCCACCUUAGGGAUGUCCGAAGAUUGGUUGUUGCCAUGUCRAGAGCCAGGCUUGGGCUUUAUAUCUUCGCCAGGGUAUCGCUGUUUCAGAACUGUUUUGAGUUAACUCCAGCUUUCAGUCAACUCACAGCUCGACCACUUCACCUCCACAUAAUUCCCACAGAGUGUUUUCCCACAGCCAGACAGAAUGGAGAAAGACCUUCUCACCCGAUACAAAUUAUUAAGAACAUGCCUCAAAUGGCGAAUUUUGUGUACAACAUGUACAUGCACGUGAUACAGACUACACAGCACUAUCGGCAGCGCUUACUGCCCCCACCUGCCAUGAUUGAAGAACCUGAAGCCAGUCAGACUCAAGAGGCAGAAGCAGAAGAUGAAGCCCAAGGUAUGCAGGAGGAGGCAGGGGAAGAAAAUAAGUCAGAGGAAGAAGCAUCAAAGGAAGGAGAAUCGAAAGCGGCAGAAGUGGAUGAGCACCGGACGAUGCCGGAGCACCCAGGGAGGGACAGUGACAGCGAAGACAGCGAACCCGAGGACGGGACUGAGAAGUGAUUCAAGUGAUCUCUGUCCUCUCCAGGUUUUGGAAAAGGGCCUGAAAAGGCAGACAGGAACACCCCRGCUCCGCUUGCACGGACUUCUGAAGGUGGCCACCUGGGUGAUGUGGCCAGUUUUAUCUGUCCGCUGAAUCCCUCAGGGGACAAACAAAAUAUUUGCCAGUUGUUACACUGAGUUCUUGUCAGUUCUAGUAACGUGCUUAAUGGCCUCAACYGAUUACUUUUAUUAAUUUCUUUAGUAAAGAUGCUUUUAUGAUAACUUUGAUUAUUAUUAGUUCCGUCACUGCGUCAUCCAUUGAACUUUACAGUUUAACUACAUUCCAUACUGCUCAGGCACUAUAGUUUCCUUAAUGGUACUGCACUGAAGAGUUUCUCUUACAGACCUGUGCUUGUACAUGCUGAGAUGCUGUUGUAGACAUAGGCUCAAGUUCAGCAAGACACCCAUGUUUAUGUCGGUGCUGUGGUGGGUUAACUUCCAAAUGUGCAUCUCAUAACCCAGUGAGCGAGAGGGUUUUCCCUGAUCCAUUAAGGGCAUCUGCCGGCUUUACAAGUGGUUCAGUGAAACACACACGUUUUCUGAACGAUUUUUGAAAAAAGCAUUAGCCAUAGGAAUGUGAUGCAGUGCUGGCAAGGGAAUCAUGCAGGGCUUUGCAAUGCAGCAUUUGGAUAGCUGACCAAAGAUUCAUUAACUUACUAGUCUCUUCAUUAACUUAUUAGUCUCUUAUUAAUGACUCAAGUCUGUUUUUGGAGAAUAAGGAAAAAAUGUUUUUUUUUU